UCAGUGGACGAUCUUUCUUUCGUGCAAGAAAUCGAGAACGUGAAAGACAUGAUUUUGAUCAGAAUACCGAAGGCGAAGUAAACUGGUUAUGGCAUUUUCAGCUAAACCAAACCAUGGUCGAGGCAGAGGCAGAGGAAGGGGUGUUGCCAGGGAGACCAAUGAUGUUGAUAUAUUUGGUCAACAGAAGACCAGCAGAGAAUCACAAGCGGUCAAGGCAUGGGGAAAUCCAGUGCUUACAGGUGGAAACAAGGUAAAUGAGAGACAGCCAAAGAAGAAAGAAACAAUUCCACAACCUGCACAGUUCAUACCACCACCAGCAAAAGCUCAACAACCAUCAUCCCAUCCCAAACCAUCAAUCCAGUCUCCACAACCAGCACUUUCUCCAACUGAGCAGUUUGAAGAUGAUUCAUCGUCAGAUGAAGAGAUUGAUGAUGGAAUUGUUAACAACAUACUGCAGGCUUAUGGUGGCAAAUUAGGAAGUCAAGGGGAUGGUGUACUAACAGAGAGCAGACAGAAUCUCGAGGAAGCUUGUCAGUCUGGAGCUAAUGACUGCUCUGUGUGUCUCAGCAAAAUUAGACGUGUUGAUCCGGUUUGGACGUGUGAUUCGUGUUUUACAAGUCUUCAUCUUCAGUGCAUUCAAAAGUGGGCUAAAGAAGGUAUCCUUCAGGCGAGUCUCCAGAAAGAUGAUGAUGAUACAUCACCAGCAGAAAACCUGUGGUCAUGCCCUAACUGUCGAACAGAGUACCCCCUCUCCAAGUGCCCGAGACAAUACACCUGUUUCUGUAAGAAGGUUGUUGACCCUCCACCACACCCCUGGCUUGCACCCCAUAGCUGUGGGGAUACAUGCAACCGGUCUCUACGCCCCGAGUGUGGACACAAAUGCCUACUACUCUGUCAUCCAGGUGCCUGUCCACCAUGUCCUCAAACAGUAAAAGCCAAGUGUCACUGUGGCAGCCAGGCUGCUCAGCUGAGACGAUGCAGCUCCAGGACCUGGUCAUGUGGGAAGACCUGUCCCAAGGUGCUACUCUGUGGUCAACAUACCUGUACUCAACCAUGUCAUCGAGGUGAUUGUCCAACUUGCCCCCAUACCAGUCAACAGCAGUGCCUCUGUAAGAAGAAGACUACUCUAAGAGAGUGUGCCUCACCAACGUGGGAGUGCGGAGAGGCAUGUGGAAGACCACUUCCCUGUGGCAAUCAUGUAUGUGAGAGGACAUGUCAUAAAGGAGGGUGCGGGGAGUGCCCUCGAAUGGGGCUCAGGAAGUGCCCCUGUGGAAAAACAGCAUUACAACUGAAGUGUACAGAAGACAUUCCUCCCUGUGGAGACACAUGUGAUAAGCAGCUGCCUUGUGGAAUCCAUCGAUGUACAAGACGAUGCCAUACAGGCUCAUGUGAAAGUUGUCUCCAGAUGUCUAAGAAGAAGUGUCGGUGUGGAGCUAGAGAGAAGACAUUACCUUGUCAGGAGGAGUAUAAAUGUGAUCAUAGAUGUACCAACAUCAAGAACUGCAAGAAACAUCAGUGUAAAAGAAGGUGUUGUAGCGGUGAAUGUCCUCCUUGUGAGCAACAAUGCAACAAGUAUCUUCCCUGUGGUAACCACAAGUGCCCUUCUCUUUGUCAUCCAGGGAGGUGCUUUCCUUGUCCUCUCAUGAAAGAUCUCAAGUGCUUCUGUGGACACACCAAGAUGUCUGUGAGAUGUGGCAGGGAGAAAACAAUCAAACCACCAAAGUGCAAACAACCUUGCAAGAUACCUCCUGACUGCCAUCAUCCUGUCAGAGAGAAACACACCUGUCAUUUCAACAAGUGUCCACCUUGUAAGAAGCAGUGUAACAACACACUCUCCUGUGGCCAUACAUGCCCUAAGAAAUGCCAUGAUGCUGUAGCACGUAAGAAUGUAGAAAACAAGGGACCAAGAGCUCCAUGGCAGCCUGCUCCUAAGACGGUGAUCAAUAUUGUGAAUGAACCCUGUCCACCAUGUCAGUAUCCUAUUCCUACACGGUGCCUUGGUAAUCAUGAGAUCAGUGACUUGCCAUGUAGCAGGGCUGCACCCUUCUCCUGUAAACGAUCCUGUGGUCGAGUCUUAGCUUGCACCAACCAUCGUUGCCAAUUUGAAUGUCAUGAAGUCAAGGGUGAUGGUGAAGAUAAAUCAAAGGCAGGGACCAACUGUGAGGAGUGUGAAGAGGGGUGCAGUAAAGAGAGACCAGAGGGGUGUAAACACCAAUGCAGAUUACCAUGUCACUCCGGUCCUUGCCCCCCUUGCAAGAAGACCAAUAAGAUGAGAUGCCACUGCAAGAGUAUGGCUCUAUAUGUGGAAUGCAAUGCCUGGAUAACAUCCGACGAUGCAGGGAGAGAGGAGCUAGCGUCAUGUAAGGGACCAUGCCCUCGCCUUCUUGCAUGUAGUCACCUCUGCUCAAGGUCAUGUCAUUCAGGAACCUGUUCUGAUCCAAAGGAAUGCACCUAUAAAGUAGCAAGGAGGUGUCCUUGCAAACGAAGGAAAAGGGAGUUCUUCUGUCACGAGGCUCAAGCAGGAAAGGCUAAAGUAGAUUGUGAUGAUGUCUGCAAACAACAGAAAAAUAAGAAACUUCAACAAGAAGAGGAGAAAGCCAGGAAAGCAGAGGAGGAACAACUUGAGAAGGAAAAGAGGGAUCUAGAGGAAUACGAUCGCUUGACGAACAAGAAGAAGAAACAACGCAAGAGGAGAGAGAUUGUAGAAGAGGAGACUUUCAUGGAGAAACAUGGCAAACUCCUUCUAAUCGGAAGCGGUCUUACAGUCGUGAUUGCAUUCAUGGUUUAUCUCAUUCUCCUUCAGUGAAUCUCAUUGGACAUUUCUGAGUAUUGUGAAAAUAUAGAACAAAUUUUUAUAAUGUGGCAUUAUAUAUUUUGGAUACAGGGAUUACAAAAAUUGAAGUUUGUAAAAUAUGAAUCAUAAUUUUGUCAUCUCCAAAUUUGAUGAGGACAUUCUAAAGAAAUAAUCUGAAGUUGAGCACUUGGUUGAAUGGUUGUUAAACGUUGACAUGUAAUACAAUACAUUUUGUAUAAUUAUAGAUAAAUCUCUCAUUUUGCUUGUUAUACUAUGUUACCGUAAAAUGUUAAAAUGUCAAAUAUUAAAGAUAUUCUAUCUUGGUCUUUGUAAGCUUGUUGGUUGUAGAGUUUUGAAAGAGACAUUCCAUACUUUACAUUUGUAAUUCUAAAACGUUCUUGUUGGUCAACUUCAAAUUUGAUUACAUUUGAAAAAGAAAUUUUAAUUAAACGAUUUGUACUCCAUUUAGACUCUUAUAAUAUUUAAAAAAUAGCAUUUGCACACAUUUUGAAGACUUAUGUUUGAUAUUAUUGCCAAUUCCCCAUUAGUUUUUCUUGUUAUUAUUAUAGACACUUCUUGAUUUAUAUUACUUUUUAGUUCUUUCAUUUCCUUUAAAAAUACAUUCCUUUGGUAUUCACAACUGAUUUGUGAAUAUUAGAUUCAAAUUUCACUAUUCCUAUGAGAAAUGAAUGUUUUCAUUCGUAAUACAUAUCUGUGUCAAAGGUUAUUUUUUUAGCCAAGUGGUUUAGAAAUAUGAAGAAAUAUGUGCAAUUUGAUUGUUUGUCUGAAACUAAAACAGCUCAUCUGAUUUUUCAUCCCUGAUUCUUAUUAGAUUAUUUUGUUUUCAAUACAUAGUUAGUGGAGUAAUCAUUGAUGUGGUUUGGUCUUCAAGCUAUGAAAUUCACCAGAAAAUGGGUUUUCUUUGUAGUUCUAUUCAUCAACCUUGAAAGAACUUGAUUAUUCAGAACUUUUAUGUAUUAAAAUGUUUCAUUUUGGGGGUCAUAGUUUUGGUCAACUAUGAAGACAUUUUGCUUCUUGUACCUGAACUCCUCGGAGGUCAGCUCACAUGAUAAAGCAUGCU